AUGACUAUUGAAUUAGAAGAACCACCACUUACUUCUGACAACAAACAAGUUGUCAAAGAUUUAUUCGGGGGGACUAUGGGAGGUAUUGCCCAAGUUCUCGUUGGUCAACCAUUCGAUACUGUCAAAGUUAGAUUACAAUCUGCUCCAGAAGGGACAUAUUCUGGAUCGAUGGACGUUAUUAAGAAAUUAAUCAAAAAUGAAGGAUUUGCUGGAUUUUAUAAGGGAACUUUAACUCCAUUAGUUGGGGUUGGUGCUUGUGUAAGUGUACAAUUUUCAGUUAAUGAAUUUAUGAAGAGACAUUUUGAUAGAAAAUAUAAUGGAGCCCCUUUAACACUUGGAGAAUUCUUCCAAUGUGGGGCUAUUGCUGGUUUUGCUAAUGGGUUUUUGGCAUCUCCAAUUGAGCAUAUUCGUAUUAGAUUACAAACUCAAACUGGUGAAACUAAAUUAUUCAAUGGUCCUAUUGAUUGUGCUAAGAAGCUUUAUAAGAGCAAUGGAUUUACUCAUGGUAUUUAUAGAGGGUUGACUCCUACUUUAAUUAGAGAAUCAAUUGGGUUGGGUAUUUAUUUCGCAACUUAUGAAGCUUUAAUCUCUAGAGAAUUAAAGAAAAAUAAAGAUUGGAUAAGAAGCGAUAUUCCAGGUUGGAAAUUAUGUAUGUUUGGUGGUCUUUCUGGUUAUACUUUAUGGAUUGCUAUUUAUCCUAUUGAUGUCAUAAAAUCAAAAUUACAAACUGAUUCGUUAACAAAACCAAAUUAUAGAGGUUCAAUUGAUGUUUUUAGAGAUGUCUUUGCCAAGAGUGGUAUUAAGGGAUUCUAUAAGGGAUUCUUGCCAACUAUAUUAAGAGCUGCUCCUGCUAAUGGUGCUACAUUUGCCGUAUUUGAGUUGACAAUGAGACUUUUAGGUUAA